UCCUUAAUUCAAUCUAAACGUCCAAAAAAGCAUCGAUGAUCGAUCCAUUACUGGACCUCAUCAUCAUCAUGCCCCUUCUCCUUCUUCUUACUCUCACCAUCAUUGCGAAUCUCUCACCUCAUUCUCUCUCUCUCUCUCUCUCUUCUCCCUUCUCUUCUUCAUAGCAUAUUAUAAAUACCCGCUCUCCCCCACCCCAGUCUCUCUGCUAAUACCCUGCAAAAUCCUUCAUCAAAGCUCAUAAAAGCUUGACAAAGAUGUGUUUCUGCAACUUCUUGAGCCCCCCAUCUUCUCUCAAUCCCUCAUUCGCGAAGCUUCGCAUAAAGAAACCCAAGGUCCGAAUUCUUAUAAGAAGGAGGUUCGAAGAGGCUUCGGAGAUGGAGAUUUCGAACUUGGAACUUUACCUGCAAAAUUGGUGCAUAAUUGAAGAGAACGAGAGGCUGAGGAAGAAGGCCUUGGUACUUGACCAAGAGAACAGGGCUUUGCUUUCUGAAUUGAACAAGAAAUUCUCUGGUUUCAAUAAAGUCGUCGCCAAACCAUAGAGUUUCAGGUUGCAGGGCUCGUCAUUGCUCUCUCUCUCUAAAAAUUCUCUCUCUAAAUUUUCUCUCUCAGCUUUCCUUUAUUAUCUAGUUGUAAUGGCCGGAGCUAUGUAAGACAAGUAGAGCGAGGAAAUAAGUAAUCAGCAAUAGGAAUGGGUUCAGCAUUCUUAUGUAAAUGGCUUGUAAUUCUAGCAAAUUACUCUAAUUUGUUCUUGAAGCAUAGCAAUGAUAUAUUUUGUGGAAAGAUA